AUGUGGUCCAUCCACUCGUUUACCCUGCUGUCCCUCGUUUAUACAUGUCUCUAUACACUCGUUCACGCCCGGCCAUGGGUCGUCACCGAGCUCAAGCAAAAAGUCACCCUCACUGAGGACUACUACUACGGCAGCACCGUCGUCACCAGCAUCCAGCAGAUCACCGCCACGGCCACCGCGCUGCCCGAGGCGCUCUCGACCAUCACCGUCGUCAGCACCGACCGCUACGACUACGAGGAUGUCACCGUCGUGCAGAAGCUGUAUCCCACCGGCGUCGGCGCCCCCGUCGACUACCGCCACCGCUACCUCGACACUUACUACCUCUCCGACGGCGACAGCGCCCUCUCCACCGUCUUCAAGGUCAACCUGACCUACUCCGCGCCCUCCGCCUGCUCCACGCAGUGGACCACCACCGUCGCCGCCGAGGUCACCCCGCCGGCGAUCGCCCAGAGCCUCCUCCCGCGCUCCGCCGUCGCUACCUCCGUCUCCGUCGACUCCAGCGAGCCCUUCCAGCCCACCACCUACUCCUACAAGGUCAUCUACGUCGCGCCCUCGCAGGUGCCGUCCUCCACGCUGAGCAGCCUGCGCCUCUACUCCCGCCCCACGGACCUCUACUCCGGCUCCGGCUGCAGCUACUACGACGACCCCGACUCUUCCUCCACCUACAACUACUACUCCCAUUACUCCUCCGACUACUGGGACAACUACAACUGGUUCCUCGACGACUACUACAUGGGCAUCACCCCGCUGGGUCUCACCCUCGCCCUCUCCAUCGGCUGGAUCGGCCUGUGGCUGCUGCUUGGUUUCGUCGAGGCCUGGGUGCGCUUCCGCCGUCUCAUGACGGGGUGGCAGACGCGCCGGGGGUUGCCUGUGUGCUGGGCGAUUACCAUCCUGCCUGUUACGCUGCUGCUGCUGUUUGCAUUUAAGAAGGGCUUCCGUGCGAGGUCGCAGGCGGACGCGGAGAUCCUCCAGCGCCGCUGGGAUGCUAUGUCGCUGGGCACGAAGCUGAAGCUGUUCUUUGUUUGGGGGUUCAGGUACAAGUACCCGCCUAUGCUGGGGCCGGCGCCGGCCCGUGUCAAGACGAGCAAGCAGCCUGGGAAGAAUCCGGGGCCCAGAUUGUUGGAGCCAACGCCGCCGCGGACGCCGGAGGAGUCCAGGCAGGGGUCGGAGGUCCCGGAGCAGAUGGCCGAGGUGGAGGGUGCGCAGGGUGCGCAUGGUGUGCCUCAUGAGGGGCAGAUUGGACGUGCGCAGUAG